AUGGGGAAAUCAAAGGCAAAGGAAGUUACGCCUCCCGGAACCGUACAUGUGGUGAAAUGGAGUAGGAAAAGAACCACUCGAGGUAUCAAAGGACGGUGGGUGACAGCGGAGCGUACCAAGUCCAGCAAAUCAGUGCAGUCAUCACCCACCAAGUCACCCACCAAACAAACUCCAAAUGAAUAUCUUUGGCAGUGGACUUUUAGGACACAGGAUUAUCUGAACAUCCUGCUAGAAUGCGAGGCACCACCUCCGAAUCGGGUGUGCUGCUUGUGCGAUGGAGAUGGAACACAAAAGUGCCAGGACUGUCUAGCCGAGCCCAUAUUCUGCACGAGGUGCUGCCAGACUCAGCAUUCCUUGCUGCCUUUCCACCGGAUAAGUCAAUGGAACAGCGAUUUCUUUGAGACAACUCUCACCAAGUUAGGGGUAGAGAUUCACCUGGGCCACAGAGGACAAAAAUGUCCCCACCACUGUUGUGAAUGGGAAGACACUGAUGACGGGGAAGGAUCUACCGCACCCUCGGUCUUUGGAACCCCAGGAAUACCAGAGGAGGGACAUAUCAAAAGGAAUCAGGAUUUUCGGGCAUUUCACAUCGGAGUCCCGGACACGGGCAAUGAUUUAGAAGAUGUAUUCAUUAAGUCCAGAUGUCGGACUGUCUGGCCGGAACCCCCGGAAGCAAACAUACCUAUGCCGGGCAGAUGUCGGAUGACAGUUGUCGACACCUCGGGAAUCCACGUCAUGUCAAUUCGUUUUUGCCAAUGCUCUGAUGCACUCACAGCGGACAAGCAGUUGUUUGAAAUGGGCCUAUUUCCGGCAUCGUUUACCCGCCCAAAGACGGCCUUCACUUUUGCAUUGCUGGACGAUUUUAUUCGGGACAACCUGGAAUGCGGCACUUCCGGUAUGAACUAUUACAGCAAACUCAGGCAAAUCACAUCCAGCAUGUUCCCCCAUUUAGUGCCGGACCGAUAUAGGGAGUUACUCAGAGUAGCCAGGCAGUGGUGCCAGCUGAAGCUAUUGAAGUGGAACGGAUUUGACCACGAGCAGAGGAACCCGAAUGAUGGUGAGCUGGCUUUGUUCUGCCCGGCAUGUCCACAGCCAGGGAUAAACAUGACUUUGCCAAAUGAAGAAGACACUACAACGCAGUGGCUAUACUCCCGUUCCCUGGUAAUGGACGGAAAUUUCAAAGCCGAGCAUCUGCACCCAACCAACCCGGAAGAUGAGGUCUGGUUGACCGAUGGAAAAGGCUUCAUGGUGGCGAGAGCCAGAUACUGGGCCCAUCUAGCAAUCGCCGAAGAUUCGACUCAGCGGUCGGAAUGCAACAACCAUAGGGCGGUAAACCAGGCAAACACAUCUCGGCACAAAUUAGAAGCUACAGGAAUCGGGGGGUGCGCAUGCGCCCGCCAUGGGUGCUUUGUGCCCAAUUCAAUGAAGAUGAACAUGGACUAUGCUCUGUGCAAUUCCCUCGCCCACAAUACCAAUGGAAUCGGCCGAGCAUUGACAUUUUACAAUGUCAACUGUCAGUACAACAGGCAUUUAAUUGCACAGGUAGAGAACAGCACAAAUCUGUCCAUCCCUUCCAGAAUUGUGAUAACCCUGGGGAUAGGACUUUGGCAUGUGCACGGACAUCAAGACAAAUGCUUUGUCUGGUAUGCAUCAAACUUUAUUCCAGGGGCCGGCAGAAUUGAUGGCGAGAUCAUGGAGACCCUGUGGGCCACCCUCAACAUUAUCUCUCCGGCUGCCCGAGGAAUGUCUACUCCACACCGGCAAGAAUGCCUCAACUAUCAGAUGAAUGACUGUAACUUCAUGAAGAUGAUCCGAAUGGGCAUGUCCUUGUCCCGGAAGUACAAGGAGGCAAAGCGCGGGGUUGCUGAAAGCAGCGAUGCAUUCAAAGAAUUAAACAACUCGGCCGAUCUGGAUCUAAUACAGGAGUGGCUGGUCCAAGAGAGCACCGCGCAAGCCUGUCAAAUACAGGAUCUGUCAGCCAUGGACAUUUACGAUGUCCAGUUGAAGAAGGCAAGAUCCCGGAAGACAAUUGAACUGGACCUCCUACGGACCUCUUUCCGUCAGCUGGGUGAACGGCCUCAAAUGGGAGCUGCCACCUGGCUUGCUUCUGGAAUCAGUAUUGAAGAGAUGCAAAUUGCUCUGGCGAUGGAUAUAAGGAGGAUGGGGAGACAUCCGACAGAGACUCAAACCCUGGAUAUAGCUCGUCGGAGGAUUAGGCUCCAACAUUCCAUUGAUGAAUUCAUGGCCUCCGCAGCCAGGUACCUCGGCGAGGAAUUUGAUGCGAACGAUGUUAUCUCUGACAUGGACACUGUAUUUCUCGAUGAGAUGGCGGAUGACCGGAAGUACAGUGACACGGAUUCGGCCGGUGAGACAUCACUGGGUAAUGGGCGACCAUGUGCUGCGUUCAGGCCAGAACUUGUUCUGAUACCUCUCCCAUCAAUUCUGGGUGUAGAACGCUGCGAUGAGCUCGGAGUCGCUGGGCUUGUCGCUCAAGAGACAACCCUUCGGGAAGGACAAGCUAAUGAUGCUUUGCAUGCCGUCAGAGUGCAUCUGGCAGACAAAUCUGUGCUCUUCCAGACGUCCGUGCGGACGGCCAAAUCACAAGUGAACACAACCCGUGCUUGGACGCAGGUGCACUCGGUAGAAUGUGUAAUCAACUUUAAUAGCAUGAUAUACAAAAAAUGCAGAUCACAGCUCUCAAAUCUCGGAGCCAGUGAACUCCUGCAGAAAUACCGAGAGUUGCAUAAAAGUGACCUCAAGGCGAACUCGGCCGUCGCAGAUCCCAAUGCCCGCGGUCAGCGAAAUUCAACACUCCCAUGGUUUUGGUCUUUGGAUGUGCAAGGAGAUUCAGUGAGCAAUGACUGGUUGAAUGAAUUUUACCGGGUUCAUUGGCUUCGCACAAAGGCUCUGCAGGACCGCUGGGCAGAGGAGAACAAUGGGUUUUUUGUCAUGUUUCAUCUCUGCGCCAUUGUUUACCCCAUGGGCCGCAUUCCACCACAUGACCACUGA